UACAAGAAGUGUUUAGAAAUAUGAAUGAGAGGUAGAGAACUCAGUCCCAAUCUCAAGUUAGCUAUAUGAAGAUUGAGUCUAUCUUUGAUGAGAUAUCUGGAUGUGGGUUGUUGCCGGCUGUUCCUCAUCUCUUUUUUGGCUACUGGAUAAUAUCAUGACACACUAUAUGAUUCUUGUGGGGUUGUGGGACUUGAAGACAGAUUGGCCAACUGCCAGUUAAGGCCCCACCACCCCACAUGCUCUCAAUGCCCUCCCCAUCUAGUUAAACUAACCUCCCCAUUCCCUUCUUACUUUCCCUAUUUAUAGUCCUACUUAUCACAAACCACAAGAGGAAAAAGAAGACAUUUUUUUUCUUCUUAGAAAAGCAAAAACAAGCUAAACGCUUCUCAGGCUCACAAGUAUGGAAGUUGCAGCAGGAGAGUUAGAAGAUGAUUUGUUCUUUAAAGACUUAAGCAAGCAAAUAUCUCUUCUUAUCAUGGAUGAUGAUGAUGAAGAGGAGGACCCACUUGCCAAUUGCCCUUCAGUUUCUUUCCAGGCUUUCUCUCAUGUAAUCCAUAAUACUAUUCCACCAGCUGUUCAAUCUCAUCAAUUUGUGUACGAACAAACUUGUAAUAGAGAGAGCAGCAAAGGCACUGGUGUGUUCAUUCCUCAGUCUUCUCAGCCUAGAAGAAAGCAAAGACAAGGGAGAUCAUUUGGCUCUUCAUACUAUGCAAAAUCUCACAGACAAUCUGAAAAUAAUAAUACAAAGAUGGUUGUGUCUCAACAAGUGGUCUCAAAUGGCUCUUUUAAACCAAAAUAUAGCCGAGGAUAGAAGGAUUAGAACUCUAAUAAUCUCUACUAAUUAAUUAAAUGGCCACUUCAUGUGCCAUAUAUGCCUGGGAUCUUAGACAGAUAUAUUUUUUAUUAUAUAUAUAGAGACUACUUUUGUACAUGGAUAAGAUCUAUAUAAGUAUAGUACUCUACUACUUAGUGUGUUAAGGGGGAAGAUUCACCAAAGGGGGUGAACAUCUUCUAUGUCUAUUAUUGUUGUGUAUGAUAUAGGGUAAGCUGAAUAAUUCAUUUGAUGCUAUAGAUUAAAUAAUUCUUGUUGUUCUAGAUCUGUAUUGGCCUAUGAUUUGUUUAAGAAAAUAUCUUGGAUUACUUA